UCCCGCCCCUCUCGGAUGUGAGCUUUGCAGCCUCGCGAGUGACUCUGAGCUCGUGGUGCAGCCUCGUUUUUCUGACUAGGGGACGGACUACAUGAUGUGACUGACUCUCACUACCAGCAGCCCGUCAGAUCCCUAGGAGAAGAUGACUGUGGUCUUUAAGACACUUCGAAAUCACUGGAAGAAAACUACAGCCGGGAUCUGCCUGCUGACAUGGGGAGGUCGCUGGCUCUAUGAGAAGCACUGUGAUAACCUCCUAAGGAGAGCAGCCUGCCAAGAAGCUCAGGUGUUUGGCAAUCAGCUCAUUCCUCCCAAUGCACAAGUGAAGAAGGCAACCGUCUUCCUCAACCCUGCGGCUUGCAAAGGCAAAGCCCGGACUCUCUUUGAAAAAAAUGCGGCCCCGAUUCUGCACUUAUCUGGCAUGGAUGUGACUGUAGUGAAGACAGAUUAUGAGGGCCAAGCCAAGAAGCUCCUGGAGCUGAUGGAAAGCACUGACAUGAUCAUCGUGGCUGGGGGAGACGGGACCCUGCAGGAGGUUAUUACUGGAGUUCUUCGAAGAGCAGAUGAGGCUUCCUUCAGUAAGAUUCCCAUUGGAUUUAUCCCACUGGGCCAGACCAGUAGUUUGAGUCACACCCUCUUUGCCGAAAGUGGAAACAAAGUCCAACACAUUACAGACGCCACACUUGCCAUUGUGAAAGGAGAGACAGUUCCACUUGAUGUCUUGCGGAUCAAGGGUGAAAAGGAACAACCUGUGUUUGCAAUGACGGGUCUUCGGUGGGGAUCCUUCAGAGAUGCUGGCGUCACAGUUAGCAAAUACUGGUAUCUUGGGCCUCUAAAAACCAAAGCAGCUCACUUUUUCAGCACUCUUAAGGAGUGGCCUCAGACACAUCAGGCCUGUAUUUCGUACACGGGACCUACGGAGAGACCCCCCAGUGGAACGGCGGAGACCUCCCCAAGGCCCUCCCUGUACAGGAGGAUACUGCGCAGGCUUGCGUCCUACUGGGCCCAGCCGCAAGACGCCCUCUCCCAGAAGGUGAGGCCGGAGGACUGGAAGGAAAUGCAACUGUCCACCAUCGAACUGUCCAUCACCACACGCAACAGCCAUCUUGACCUUACGAGCAAAGAAGACUUCAUGAACAUCUGCGUGGAGCCAGACACCGUCAGCAAAGGAGACUUUAUAACUCUCGGAAGUAAGAAGGUGAGAGACCCGGAGCUGCAUGCCGCGGGCACCGAGUGUCUCCACGCCAGCCGGUGCGCCCUGCUAAUUCCCGAGGGGACCGAGGGCUCCUUCAGCAUCGACAGCGAGGAGUACGAAGCAAUGCCGGUGGAGGUGCAGCUGCUCCCCCGGAAGCUGCAGUUCUUCUGUGACCCAAGGAAGAGAGAGCAGAUGCUGCAGAGUCCAGCCCAGUGAGCGGGUGCAGUGAGAAGUGGGCGCCCUUUACGCGCCAGUGGGACCACAAGGGGACCAGGCCGCCCCUGCCACUCACGGUGGGUCCAUCUGCCCCUCCACUCUCAGCUGUUGCCAUGCGCUUCCGUGCUGCGGCAGCUGCUCCCUCCUCCACGCUGACUUCCUCAGGCUGGUUCCAGGAGUUCUCCCUCAGGGGAUGGAAAAGGGCCAGGCCUUAUUGCCUGGGAGCAGGCCUCACAGCAGCACUUCUCCUGCUUGUUCUGGUCUCUGGCGAUCCUAGGGCAUGCAGGGAAGGGCUGCCUACCCUCCUAUCUGGGUGCUGCUGCCUCCUGAGCUCUGACUCUGUUCCCCUUCUGUCCUCCGUCCAAACCGUAAGUGCGAUGUUUUCCCCCUCAGCUGCAGCUGAAACCUGUAUGAAAAUCCAUGCUUCCUAAAUGUUGGUUUGCAUGAGAACUACUUGGGGUGGGUGCAUGUUAAACUGAAUCGCUUGGGGCCCAACCCUAACAGCUCAAUCCAGGGCUGGAGCCCAGGAAGCUGCAUUUUAAAAAACAGAGCAGCCUGCCCUCCCCCCAAGAUCCUCCACCUUACCUGGCCACACAGCAAAGCCGCAGUCCACACAGCUCUGCCCAGGGGCUGUCCUGGAAAAAUCAUGUGCCCCGCCCACUUGUAAGCCGCAUCUAAAAUUCUCGAAGGGAAGUAAGAGUUGCCAAAGUAUGUAUUUUCUGGUGUCAUGUAAAUAUUGGUAUUUUAAAAUAAAACUGUUAACAUCACUCCCUUAAACAUAUUCAGUGUAAUUUAAAUACAUAACAAUUUGAUGCUCAUCAUCCAUUUACAAAAAUAAAUUAGCCGUUGAAAAGUUUAAAUUGAGUAUUUCCAGACCACUUUCAGCAGAGAAUGUGGUCCUGCUGUGAUCUAUUUUUAUCACUCAGCCGGUCUUCCAACAAAAAAUAUAAAUGGAAAUGUUCUUUAUAA